AUGGCUAUAUUCGAGACCAAGAGCGACAUUUCGUCGACUGGCGGGGAAAAGAAAUCAGCAACCGAUGUCGAACGAGGCUUCUUGGGGGAUGAUCAUGCCGUCCACCAGGCCGACUUCGCAACCGGAACCAGCACCUACGCGAGACUGCAAAGGCUGGCUGGCAAGCUUGGUGUCGAGCAGAGAGGCAUCGAAAGGGUCCCCGAAGACGAACGAAUCAACGAUGCCGUCGCCAACGUCGGAACGUUGUGGUGCUCUGCCAACAUGGUAGUCUCAUCCUUUGCCAUUGGUGUUUUGGCUAUUCCAGUCUUCAGUCUCGGUUUUGUUGAUACGGCUUUGACCAUCAUCUUUAUCAACUUUCUGGGAGUCUUACCGGUCUGCUUCUUCUCGACUUUCGGCCCCACAUUCGGUUUGCGACAAAUGGUCCUGUCCCGUUACUGGUUUGGCUUUUACGCUGUCAAGCUGAUUGCGAUCUUCAAUAUCCUUGCCUGUCUCGGUUGGUCGGCAGUCAACACCAUCGUCGGUGCUCAACUCUUCCAUGCGGUCAACAACAAUAUGCCUGGGUGGGCUGGUAUCCUCGUUAUUGCCAUCUCAACUCUGAUGAUCUGCACCUUUGGCUACCGAAUUGUCCACACCUACGAGCGAUUCUCUUGGAUCCCCUGCGCCAUCAUCUUCCUCAUCGUUCUCGGCGUCUUUGCGCACUCGGGCAAGUUCAACAGCAUGCUGCCCAUGAGCACUGGCCCGUCAGAGGCGGGCUCUGUCCUCUCCUUCUCCGCUAGCGUCUACGGCUUCGCGACAGGUUGGACAUCCUACGCGGCCGAUUACACGUGCUACUACCCAGCGUCCACCUCCCGGAUGAAGGUCUUCCUCGUCACCUUCUGCGGCCUCUUCUUUACCCUGUGCUUCACCGAGUUGCUAGGAGCCGCCGUAAUGACCGCCAGCGUCACCGACCCUACGUUUUCCGACGCCUACGCCAACUCUGGAAUCGGAGGUCUAUUGGCAGCCGUUCUGGUCACCAAGCUGGGUGGCUUCGGCCAGUUCUGCCUCGUCAUCCUCGCCCUUUCGAUCAUCGCCAACAAUUGCCCGAACAUCUACUCUGUCUCGCUCUCUCUUCAGGUCUUGUCCAGAAAGACCGAGCGUAUCCCCCGAUUCAUCUGGGUCUUUGUCGGGACUGGCAUUUACAUCGCCAUCAGCAUUCCGGGCUACGACCACUUCGAAUCCUGGCUCGAGAACUUCAUGCUCAUCAUCGCUUACUGGCUCGCCAUCUACGAGGGAGUCAGUCUCACUGAUCACGUCGUUUUCCGUCGCGGCAUCAGAGGGUACGACAUCAAUGACUGGGAUACGCCUUCGCGGCUGCCCCCCGGAUUUGCGGCCAUCGUGGCUUUCUUGAUGGGCGUCAUGGGUGCCGUGCUCGGCAUGUCACAAAGCUGGUUCACCGGUCCCAUUGGCAAGCUCGCCGGCGGAAGCUUUGGCGGCGACAUUGGCUUUGAACUAGCCUUUUCCUUUGCGUCAGUUUCCUACGUGGUGCUGCGUAUAGUCGAGAAGAAGUUCUUCAAGAGAUAG